AGUUGUAUGUGUAUGGGAUGGUUAGAGGUGGGGAAGCUGUGGGUGGCGGAAGGCGACAGCAGACGAGCAUCUAAUAAGGUGGCCACACACACACGAGGGCGGAAAUUGGGAUGCGGUCAGUCUGGGGCAAAGAUGACAACGCGAGCUCUGGCGCAUCGCGAGAUGGCGGAAAGGCUGUUGGGGGGGAACGAGAGGCGCGGGGAAAGGAUUGGCGUGGGUGGCAUACAGAUAGCCUACUCCGCAAGCCCCGGAAGGAGGCAGGUGAUGAUGAGAGGAAGUUGAUCAGUGAUGCCGACGAGAGAUCGAGAUGGACGACGCUGCCCGCCCCACGAAACACACGCCAUGGCUUGCGGUUGGCGGUGCCAUUGGCCACCGCCGCGCCCGGCUAUACGCUGAUCGGCUUAGCAGGCAAAGCUAAACCCCGCAGGUGCUGAACCAACGCGCCACGGGUGAGUUCGGGGGUCUCAAUGAGCUCGAGAGCCUCAUCAUGUCAACGUGCAUCCGACAGGCUUGUCGGGACACUUGCCAGGAAUG